AUGCCGAGAACCGCUAUUAAAGGUCAAGCGGUCGCCGACUUUCUAGCUGAAUUCUCUCACAGGCCAACCUACACCCCAUCUGAAGAAACUGAGAUUGCAAGAUGGAAGCUUUACGUGGAUGGGGCGUCGAGCGAAAAUGGAUCAGGAGCCGGCAUCUUACUAAUUAGCCCCGAAGGCCAUAAGAUUACCUCGGCGGUACGGUUCAAAUUUAGAGCAUCAAAUAAUGAGGCAGAAUAUGAAGCCCUAAUUGCCGGACUCUGUUUAGCAAACCACUUAAAGGUCGAGAGAAUCAGCGUCUACAGCGACUCCCAGCUAGUCGUUGCGCAAAUAAAGGAGGAAUAUCAAGCGCGCGGUGAAAGAAUGGGGGCAUAUCUAAGAAAGGUAAAAGAGGAGCUCGUUAAAUACAAAAACUACGAGGUACUCCAGAUCCCGCGAGCCGAAAAUGCAAACGCGGAUGCACUGGCAAAGCUGGCUUCAUCAAAGGAUGCCGACACACUAGGCGUUGUCCCCAUUGAAGAAUUGGAACGGCCGACCAUCGAGGAGCGCGCUGAGGCAUUUAGUGUCCAAGAGGGAGAAAAUUGGAUGACACCACUCAUACGAUACCUAAUGGACGCUCAGUUGCCGAAUAGCAAAAACGAGGCCCGACGGAUUAGGUAUAGAGCCGCCAGGUACUUAUUAUAUGAUGGCCUGCUCUAUCGACGAGGCUACUCAACACCUCUACAACGGUGCCUAGAUGAUGCCGAAGCCCAGAAGAUCCUCCAAGAAAUACAUGAAGGGAUCUGUGGCAAUCAUUCCGGGGGACAAUCUUUAGCGCUAAAGGUUUUGAGGCAAGGAUACUACUGGCCCACGCUUAAAAAGGAUGCUUUCCAGUACGCCCGACGAUGCGAUAAAUGCGAAAGGUAUGCCACAAUUCCUAGGGCACCCCCGAAAAAGCUAACUUCCAUUCUCAGUCCAUGGCCCUUCGCCAAGUGGGGGAUUGACCUGAUCGGGCCAUUGCAUCCUGCACCUGGGGGGUUGAAAUUCACGAUCGUUGCGGUAGACUACUACACGAAGUGGGCAGAGGCCAAGGCCCUAACCACUACCACGGAAGCAACCUGCACCAAAUUCAUGUGGGAUCACAUCGUAUGCAGGUUUGGGGUUCCUCACUCGAUAGUGUUCGACAAUGGGAAGCAGUUCGACAACGUGCGCGACACGCAGAUUUUGCGACGGUUUGGGCAUCUGAAAAGACUUCUCGGCGCCAAUCCAUCCACAGUCAAAUGGGCAAGUCAAGGCCAUCAAUAA